AAAUUUCACUUCAUUGAUCGACCAGAGAAGAAAACUGGUAGCAUUUCCACAGAGGACGAUAAGAGCAAUUCAACAUGGGUGUCGUCGGAGCAAUGACUAGAAAUUUGGAUGCACUUGUCGGGCCAGGAGUUAUGCUUCUUUAUCCUCUAUAUGCAUCAAUGAGAGCAAUUGAGAGCCCAUCAACACUAGAUGAUCAGCAAUGGUUAACGUAUUGGAUUUUGUACUCCUUUUUAACCCUCUUUGAGCUAUCCUGUGGGAAAAUCCUCCAAUGGCUUCCAUUCUGGCCAUACACCAAGCUUGUGUUGUGUAUGUGGUUGGUGCUACCAAUUUUCAAUGGAGCAGCAUAUGUAUACGAAAAUUUCGUGAGGAAGUAUAUGAAAGUUGGAAGCCAUGUAAGCUCGACUUAUCCCGAGGGGCAGAGAAAGGUUCUCCAGAUGUUGAGCCUUGACGCUAGGAGGUCGGUAGAGCUGUUCAUUGAGAACUAUGGAGCAGAUGCAUUCGAUCGAGUGGUCAAAGCAGCUGAAAGAGAAGCAAAGAAACACUAACGAAUCGAACUACUCCAAACCAUUCAUUACCUCUGCAGUUCUUAUACUAAUUUGCUCAAGACUACAUGCAAACAAUAUUACCAAUCUAACUGUGUAUAUAGAGGAAUUCUAUAACAAAUGUGUUAUUUAUAGAUGAAUGUGCUUUUGUGACUACUAUUUGGUGCAUAUUAUAGUUUUGAUUUAAUUUUUUCAUUUCUAUUUUAGAUCCCUUUGUUGAAAUAGAGCAUUUGAAUGCG